CAGCGUUUCUCCAGCCCACAUCGUUGCUACGAGCGAUACGACACCAUGCCAUCCUCUAAUUCCGUUUUCUCCACACCGCUGACCCGCUUGUUCGGGAUCAACCACCCGGUCAUGCUGGCUGGUAUGAAUGUUGCUGCCGGCCCGAGGCUCGCCGCAGCGGUCACCAACGCGGGCGGCAUCGGCGUUAUAGGCGGCCUGAGGCAAACACCCAAAGUGCUGCAAGAGUCUAUCAAUGAGAUCAAGGCCAAUCUUGAGGAUAAGAACGCCCCUUUUGGUGUUGAUCUCCUGAUACCGCAAGUUGGCGGCAACGCUCGAAAGACCAAUUAUGACUACACAAAAGGGCAGCUUCCUGAACUCACGGACGUUAUCAUCAAGAACAAGGCUGCGCUGUUUGUUUGCGCCGUGGGUGUACCCCCGAAGGAGAUGGUCGACAAGCUCCACGCCGCUAAGAUCCCGGUCAUGAACAUGGUAGGACACCCAAAGCACGUCAAGAAGGCAUUAGAUCAAGGUGUUGAUAUCAUCUGCGCGCAAGGAGGCGAAGGUGGCGGACAUACGGGUAACAUCGCCUUCUCGAUCCUCAUCCCGGCCUGCGUCGACAUUUGCAAAGCGCACAAGUCGCCGCUCACGGGCGAGCCCGUGAUGGUCAUCGCCGCGGGCGGCAUCGCCGACGGUCGCGGUCUCGCCGCCGCUCUGUCCUACGGCGCCGCCGGCGUGUGGGUCGGAACGCGCUUCGUUGCCAGCGUCGAGGCGGGCGCCCCCAAGAUGCACAAAGAGCUCGUGCUUAGCGCGGGGUACGACGACACCGUCAAGACGCUCGUGUAUUCUGGCAGGCCGAUGCACGUUCGGAAGACGGCGUAUGUGGCGGAGUGGGAGGAUAAGCGACAGAAUGAGAUACGCGAGCUGACGUCCAAGGGCAAGAUUCCGCACGAGGCGGAGCUCGAGAAGCAUCCUGAAAGAUCUAUCGAGGGUCGCAUGUGGCUCAUGGGACAAGUAGCUGGAUCCGUUCAUGAGGUCAAACCUGCGAAGGAGAUCGUCGAUGAAAUUAUAACGACAGCUGCUCAAAGUUUGCAAGCCGCUGCCAGCCACAUUAUUAACCCAACGAAAGCUAAACUUUGAGAUUUCAAAAGCUAGUGGAGAAGUGGCGGAACGUCCACCGGAUCGCGCGGAAGUUGUGUCCUAACUGCAUGUAAUAUAGUUCGCUUUAACGAUGACACUCGGAUGAGUUUGCCCUUGCCCAACGGUGCUGACGCGCGCAAAGUCAAUCUUCGCGCAGUCGCGGGCAGGAGGGAAUGUGGAUCUCUAUGUACCUGCCUUGGCGUGGGUAUCGGUGGCGUACACAGUCGUUGAACAAGCUUGAAUUACGACCAAAGUAGCGCCUUUGACAUCUGUAGCCAUCGUCCUUAAAUGAAAUGAGAACAUAACGCUCCCGGCGAGUGCAUACCCACGAGGUCUUUAACAAGGCCUUCCCGCGCGUACGGCAUCAUCGCAAGUAUGGCUAGUAUGGAUCCUUAUUCAUCGAACAGAAAACCUUCCGGGCAGUCCCUGGCCAUUGCAAAUUUCCAGCUGGCUCGAACAGUGAGGAGUGCGGCCGUCCACUGACGCCCAGCUCAGAAGACUGAAUUGGACCCUCAAUCUUCGUCCAUCAAUUCUGCAAGCUCGCGUUCCUCUUCCUCUGUCAGUCCCGAUUCAGUGAUGGACAUCGCUGGCUCCGGAGCCUGCGUUUUGGGCGGAGGUCGCGUGGGUUUGAGCAGCUCGCUCAAUUUCCACUUUCUUAUCGUGCUGUCCAGGCUCGUGCUCACGAUCCAGGGCUCGACCAUCGUCCUUCCAUCUUCGUUCGUCGUCUUUCGCAUCCAAAGACGAAGCGCGAUAACGUCAUGCCAGUGCGCGUCCACCUCACUCAGCAGUUCUGCCUCGACUUUGGGGGAGACCUGGGAAGAGGUGGAUGAUAGGCCGGAGAGGUCGGAGAGGUCAUAGGCGCGGAUUGUGUCUCCAGAGCCGGUGAUGAGGUAGGGCUCGCCGAGCGGUGUGCACGUGAGCGGGAGGAAACAGCGGACGGCGAGAGGAUGGCUAAUAGUCACGAGCGGUUUUGGAGGUGAAGGUGGUGCUGUAGCUAGUGACGAGGGCGGUGGGUACUGUGUGACUUGAAUGGUUUCGUCCGAGGACGCUGUCCAUAAAAGCCCCUCCGCAUAGGCCAUGUCGUUGAUCCGCGUCCUAUGGUUGUUCAACUCCGCCUUCUCUAUCGUGCGCCAGCGUCCGUCAGGUUCACGGCUCAAUUGCCAGGCUCGAACGACGCCCAUGGUAUCCCCGGUAAACAGGGUCGCUGACGUAGGGGAAAGAACGUGAACCGCGAGAGCCUCGACAGGACGCGUGUGGGCAGAGAUGGAGGAUACACAUUGCAAAGGUUUGUCGGAGGGCAGUGUCGACAGGUCCCAUAGGCGCACAAUCUUGUCUGAGCUCCCGGAAACUAAGAUUUUCAGCUGCGGGAUAACCGUGAGGGUCUUGACAAAAUCUGCGUGAGCAUUGACUGUCGUCGAUACCACUUCUUUCGUUGCUGGUUUCCAGACUUUGAUCGAUUUGUCCCAUGAGCCGGUGAUCAUGAGCUCUGUCGGCCCUACUUCUCCAUCGACGCCGGCUUCGUAAUACGCAACAGAGGUAACAGGCGCAGUGUGACCCCGAUACAACGCUGCCGUCUUCCCCGUCUCCAGAUCCACUUUCCGCAUCACCGUCGUAUUUUCGGCAAUGUACGCAUAGCUGCCCUUGAUCACAAUAUCGAGGGCUUUCCCGGCGAGUUCAAUGGGUUCACCAAGAUGCUUGAUGCGCUCUGCCUUCUCUUUCCUGGUCUUUCGGGACCGUAAUCGUAGCACACAGUGGCGGAGCAGCUUCUCAGACAAGCAUUCUUCGCUGACGCUACGAGAGGCGACACACUUGGGUGAGGAGGAGCUCAGCCUCCGCACGGAGGAGGUUGGAUGUGUCCCCCGCCUGCAUGGUGCGCCGCUC